AUGAAAUCAGCAAAAUAGGAAUUCUUAGAUGCUAUGCAAGCUUUAAGAGCAAAGAAAGAUGAGUACAAGGAUUUGAAAAAGCAAAACGAGGAAGAAAGAAAGAGACUUAAGGACGAAGAAAAAAAGGCAAAUAGCUUUAAGUUCUCUAAGAUGGAAAAGAAAUAGUCUUUCUUGCCAUCACUUAAUGAAAAAGAAGUUUUCGAGCCAUUUAAGACUAAGGAAGCAGGAGAAAAGUUUCUAGACUCGAGAUAAAAAUACCAAAUAUUAUUCCCGCAGAGAGCACUAGAGAAAAACAUAAAGUUCAAUUAUACAAAAACUGCCAGCAGUUACUUUAAAACACCAGUUGGUUAAGAAAAAGAUGUUUACGAUGAGAAUCUCAAAAAGGCUAUGUUAAGCGGUGAUAGAGGUACUAUUAUAACUAAGACUAGAGUAAAGGAUGCAACUGGGGCUAUUAAAAUUGAGGCAAACAUAGCCAAGAACCAUUUGAAAUGGGAUCCUAACAAUUUUAGUUUGAAAUUGCUUGAUGACACUAAGCCUUUAUUAGACAACUCAAACACCCCAAGAGCUGCUAAGAAAGCAAUUACACUAGAGAGAUGUUUCGAUCACGACAUUUGGGUUUAUAAUAAAACAUCUAUGGAUGAGUUUUCAGAUGCAGCAAAGGACUUUAAAAGAGGAAAAUUGCUUGCCAAAAAGAUUAGAAAACAAAAAAGAUCUAGGAGUAAAAAUGGCAGUAGAUCAAAAAGUGGCACACCUAGAGGGCACAGCACAGGAGGACUUAAAAAGCAUUGA